AUGCAAAUAGCAGUUAUCGUCGAAUUUUUAGUUUUAUUUCUUCUUUCAACUAAUCGUCGUCGUGGUUCAAUAAUUUUAGUUCAAGCUGAUUCAGCAUCAUGUCGUAAACAAGUCGAAUGUUUUAUAUGUGAUUCACGAGAAAUUCAAGAAUGUGAAGAUUCAAGAAAUUUUUCACAAGUACAAAUUCCUACGCGUUUAUGCGAUGAUUAUUGUUUAAAAAUGUGGACACGUGAAAAUGAUAGUAUAACAGGAGAUAAUAAAUCAAGUGCAUUACGUUAUGUAAGACGUGAUUGUCAUAAAAUAUUUCAUUAUCAUAUAAAAAAAAGCUGA